GUCAAUGUAAAUAAGAAUUUGUUCAAAACUGACUUGCCUAGUUAAAUAAAGGUUACUUUAAAAAAUAUAUAUAUGCAUUACACACAAAGCUGUUGCAAAUGACUGUUACCAUGAUUUCAGGGGAGAAGCUGUGGAUUUUAGAAUAUUUUAUUGUUGGAUCAAAUGAUAAAGCCAUCAAGCCCCAAAAAAUGUAUAUGGUCACUUAUACUUCAGUUUAAAGCUAAUUGCUAUUCUUCUACUGGUAAUAUUUUCUAAAUGUUGUAAAUGAUUUAGUACUUUAAAAAUAAUAAAGGUCUUGUAACGCAUAAAUCCACCCUAUCACAUGACCUGGGUAGACGUCAAGCCUGUUGUCACGUGACCGGAAGUAUGUGAAGCAGUCGAAUGUGAGUAUUUUGAAUAAAGACAAAUUUAGCUCGUAAUGCAUGUUUUCACUGUCAGAUGCAACUGUUCAAUUUUCAUGCAGUAAUGGCACAUUCAUUCCUAAAUUAUGCAGAAUAUUUAUGCUGAAGAGAGGAUAUUUCACAAAUGCCACCUCACAUUUUUAGCUAGCUAGCAGCAUUAACCUCCAUGGCUCUCAGUCCCGAGAGGCUAUCGUUAGCUACUAUCAAAACAAUACAUCUGGCUAUUUAGUGGCGCAAGAAGCAGACCACAAACAGUCAAACACAAUGGACGACUCUGAUCAAGACUUCGUGGACCUCUGCUCUAAGUUGCUCAAACGAGUCCGCAGAAAAGCAGGCGUAACCGAGAAGAGAAGUGUUGCAGAGCCCUCGUCCCAGGACACGGUGAAAGACAUACCCACCAAAAGGGUGACGAGUAGGAGGAAGAAGAAAGAUGUUGGCCCAAGUUCAAAGGGAGCUUUGGGUAACAACUCUGAACACGUUUCCUCCAUCUCUACCACUUGUGAUGAACCAAACCGACUUCCCUCCAAUACAGACAAAUCUAAACAAGCAGUGGUCAAUGGCGGUAUGGAACUUGGUGUAGGAGAGAAUGGGUCAUCAGUGGCUGUGGAUGUUGCUGGGUCUCAACCUGAGGAUAGGGGAAUGGGGGUGAAGGAGAAAGUGCUACACAGGAUGCAGCAGUUCAAGAGAGUCAAUCCACAGAAGCUGGUGCAUGGUGAGAGGAAUCAGCCUGCAGCAACAGGGAGUGGAAGUGACAGUGCUGCUCCCCAUCCACUGCCAGAUAAUGAAGUUCCAUCCACCUCCGCCUCUUCUCCCCUACCACUGGACCCCCAGGUGGAUGACUCGGAUGAGGCCCUGGCCCUGCGUCUACAGGAGGAGCUGGACAGGGAGGCCCAGGCUGUGGCCCAGGGUAGUGUAGUGGACCUGGAGCAGGGAGGCCUGUUCUUCUGUCAGCUCUGCCAGAAAGACCUGUCUGCCAUGAGCCCCACAGGACGCACCCAACACAUCAACAGGUGUCUAGACGAGAGUGAGGACAGUGCUGCCCCCGCCCCUCCUCCCGCUCCCAGCGUCCCAGAAUGCCCCAUCUGUGGUAAACGGUUCAAGUCCCAGAUGAGUCGCGCGGCCCACCUCAAGCGUUGCUCCUCCACGAUGGGCGUGGCUCCUGCCGAGCUGCUGCAGGCUGUACAGAGACAAGUUGCAGAGGGCCUGACUGACAGCACCGCCAACCAACCUCCGCAGGCCGGAGGUUCCAAGCGUAAAGGCUCCACGGACCCCAGCCUCCCGGGUAGGAAGAAGCCCAGAAAGAAGCCCCGUGGCCUGGAUGAAGACACCAUGGUGGCCAUGGCCCUGUCCCACUCCCUACUGGAGCAGGAGAACGAGAUGGAGCGGGAGAUGCAGAGAGAGUUACAGAGGGAGAGAGGUGGUCAGCAGCUCCCAGUCAUCCUCCCUCACAUUUCUCUGUCACCAUUGAAGUGGAAAGCUGAACCAAGUAAGGGGCGUGGCAAGAGGAAAAAGGGUGCACCCCCUCGCCCCCCUCCCCUCCUCCUGGUCCAGGACUCGGAGACAGCCCUGAGGCGACUACAGGAGCGUGUGGCUGGCCUCCUCCUCCGUACCCGCGCCCCCUCGCCUCCCACCCCCACACGCUGCCCCAGCUCCCUGCCCUCCUGCAGAACGGGUGCUGGCCCCCUCUGGCAGAAGAGUGCGCUGCGGGACGGAGGGCCGAAGGUCAUCUCUGAGUUCUACACCCCAGAGCUCAGAGAAUUUCUACAGCCUUGGGUGUCUGUAAAGAUGGAUAUGGUGUUUCCCACCAAGGCCAUGCCUGGAUCCUCCACCAACCUUUCCUCAACAGAAAGCAUCUCUAUGACCAAGCAAUCUGUCCCUUCCUCCCAACAACCAGUCUCCUCCACCCAGGCAGCCCCCUCUUCGCUCCCUUCCACCCCAGGGACAGGGCACCUUCCAGUGGGCAGCCAGACUCUGUGUGACCUGAUGGAGCUGGCUGAUGAGGGAAUGACCCUCACACAGUGGGGCUAUUCUACCCCAGGAGCUGCCAGAGACAAAGAGAACACUGCUACAGACUUCCACCUGAGUGGCUUUGUUCCUGAGAGCACAGACGAACCCCCUGACCUGUGUCUCAGUGGCUUCAUCCCAGAGAGCAGUAGAAACACUGAAAGCCAUCAGAUGAGAUCUCUUCCUCAAAGCAGAAAUACCAACAGGAGCAGCCAGAAAUCAGUGGCGCUGUCCAGGCUGGCCUCAGACCUCACCAGUAUGGUGAACAACCCCCAGUUCAGUGAUGUCCAGCUACAGGUGGACAGUGGGGAGGUGUACUUCACCCAUUCAUUCAUGCUGUAUGCUCGCUGCCCCCUGCUGGUGCAGAUGGUCCAUGACAGUGGAUUCUGGGUGCAGGAGGACGGCAUGCCCUCAGCCCAAAGGGUGUUGUUGGGUGAGGUACCAGGCCAGGCGGUGUAUACCCUGCUCCAGUACCUCUACACAGCCCACUGCCCCCUCACACACACCCUGCUGCCACACGUUCAGGAGCUGGCAGCCAGGUUCAACCUGGAGGAGCUGCAGCAGCUGUGCCAGCUCUACCCAGCUCAGACAGACCUCCACAGAGGUGUAGAGGGACAGGGGGAUCAGUGGGGAGACUACCCAGCCCAGGAGCACCAAUCUGGGGGAGAGGAGGAGCACCAAGACCAGGUCUUCAUGGAGCUCCUCCGCUCCAUGUGGAAUGAAGAAGAGGUUGAGGAAGAUGAGGACAGAGGAGAGGAAGGAGGGAUUGCGAUGGAGGAGGAGGGGCGAGGGGAUGGCGUGACGAUAGAAGAUGGAGAGACGAACGAAGAAAGGGUGAACGAAGAAGAGAUGGAGGAGAUAUAUGAGUUUGCUGCCACUCAGAGAAAGAGGGAUGAAGGAAAAGAGAGCGAAAAGGAAGAAUCAGAGGAGGAGGGAGGAGUGACAUUUUUCACAGAGACAGAAGAAGAGCAGGAGGCUCCAAUCCAAGCUCAGUCAUUGGCUGAACACUCAGAUACGGGUGAAUUAACAUGCAUGAUGUCCCCUCAAACAAAACCUCCCAGUUUAGAGGCAGACAUGGCUAUUGGUGACAUCGACACAGACCAGGGGAAUCCAAAUAGGAUAAAAGCUGAUCUCAACAAAUCAGAAGGUAGAGAUCUAGAACGUUCUAGAACAGCCACCGUGGAGUCAGACAGAACAAAACAAUUUGAAUCAAACGUCACAAGCUCAAGAAGUGUUGGAGAGGUAUCAACAACAAAAAGCCUCCACUCCAGUCCGAUUGACUAUCAAGAACUAAACGCUAGUUUAGACCGUAGCUACAGCCGCCUCUUCUCUGACUCUUGGGGGUCUAUGAGACGCAGGAGGAGCCCCACACCUCCCCACCAACACAACCAUCCUGCCACUCCCAACCCCACAGGGCUAUCCAGAAACCCUCCUGCUCCCAGCCCCCCAGGACCAUGGUAGUGGAGGGUGCGAGACAGCCAGAACUCACCUCCCCACCCCCACCGUCCUCCUGCUCCCAGCCCACAAGGGUGAGGGUCGAUGGGAGUACGAGACAGACAGCGAUCCCUACCCUCCAGUACUCAGCCAUUGAAAUCAUUGACCUCUCCAUCAGUCCUCCUCUGGUCCCUGGUGUAUCCGCCCUACCUGUUCCUGGUUUGUCCCCAGGGGAAGUGACUGACACCGGGGCACGAGUUAGGACGAAGGGAGUGGUGGGAAGAGGGAAGGUUCCUGUGUGUAAGGAGAUACUCCAAGAGAAGGUACCGUCUAGUCCAGAGGACUUAAAGAGAGAGAGUUAUGGUCCAUAUAGUAUUUCUGUACCCGUCUCUCCUCCUCACAGUACCAAAGAAGAACCUGAGCUUAUAGUUCUGUCUGACUCUAGUGAAGAGAUGGAGGUAGGGGAUCUAGGACCUACCAGCCCCUCUCCACCACCCCCUACUCGUCUCUCCCAGAACCACCAAGGCUACACCCGAAUCACAACUCAAUCCAACACAGAACCCAAGAAACCCACCUCGAUAACCCAAUCUGACACAGAACCUAAGAAAUCCAGCUCGAAGGAGAAAGAGACUAUUGGUGGUUUUGUGAGGGAUCCUUCUGUCUCACCUUCCGAUCAAGGCUUAGAUCCAGAUCCUCCAGGUUCUAACCCUGGUUCUGCUGGUUCUACUAGUCUCAUGGACUGUUCUGCAGAGAUGUCUUGGCUCAUCCCGGCCACUCCGCCCCUGCCGUCCAGGAGGACGAGCUCUACCCAGACCUUUAGUAGCAUGCGUCGCACUCAGCUCUUUCCUAAGGCCAACUCUUCUUCCUCCUCUUCUGCAGCGUCAGUUUUCUCCUCUCCCACCCUCCCUUUCAGGCCUAGCCGCCAGACCUCACACCCACCCAGGGUUUCUACACAUUCUGCCCAGACAGAGUCAUCUAUUUCUAGGCAGAAAUCAGACAGCAGAGGGCUUCGGCACUCCAGCUUGGGUCUCGACCAUGACGACCUCUCUUCCCAGAAAUACAACAGUGGUUUUGGAUCCACAGUCCCCUCCAAGUCCCAACCAAAACGCUCCUGCCUACCCCGCCUGACCCCCUCUCUCUCCGUCA